UCCCACACACGGCUCAAUAAUCACCAGCCGAGCUGUCACUCCCCUCUUAACUUGAGAAAACCCCAAGGUAAACUUUAGGAAGACAGCGGAAAAGUUUUUAGCAACUGAAUGUAGUCGUUUAAUAAAAUAAUCGCUGCAAAAUGAACGACAUGACAUCUGAAGUAACACGAGGAAUGAAGUCUUCGCUUUGACGCGCAACGCAACGUAAAAAUGGACGGGACACGCAGGUUCAUUUUGGGAAUACUAGCUGUUGUCCUAUGCAAAUACUCCCAAGCUGAAUGGAAUACCACGAAGACACCAGCGAAUAGGACUGUGUCCUGUGAUCAACAUGACAACUGCACAGGUUCAAAUGAUGACCACACAUGGAGUGGACACUUCUCUAAAUGUCCAAAAGAAUACAAGCAUUACUGUGUCCAUGGUGUUUGCCGUUUUGUAAAGGCGCAAAACACCCCUUCAUGCAGAUGUGAAACGGGAUACAUUGGCAGUCGGUGUGAAUAUCGUGAUCUUGAUCUCCGUGUUGAAGAACGAAUGAAAAUAGUCAUCGCAUGUGUGGUGGCAGGAUUGGUCUUUCUCAUUCUGCUUAUUGUAUUCAUAUGCGUCUGUACACACAAACGAUAUAAACCAUGUAGAAAAAAGAAGAGAAAAAAGGAAACGAGUGAUGAAGAUGAGAAGCUCAGUUCACUGAACACACAUGAAGCUUUAACUGCUCCAGUCGACACAUCCGACACAAAUUCUGUAUGAAUGAAACCGUGAAGUGAUCCUGCCAGGGUUGGUAAUGGCGUGAUUGUGGUGUGGGAAUGAGGACUCGUCCUGUCGUGUGAUGAAAGCAGUGCUUUACAGUAGAGUCGACUUUAAAUGAACUUUGAAGAUAUGGUGUGAAAGGCAACCUUUUCCAUUUUCUGUGCUACCGUUUACCCUCAUUCUUCAUGCCACAACUCAUUUUCACACUUUUCAGUAGAAAAGUCAGAGAUGAACUGAACGUAUAUGCCUUCAGAAUGGCUGUAAUGAGAAUGUGUUUCAUAAUUCGAAUAAUUGAAUAGGUGGCGUGCAAUAUGCUGAAUGCAAACAAAGCCGAUUUAGAUUGGUUUAAUUAUAAGUCUGUUUAUAUUGCAUAUGAUGCACAGAAAAUUAAAAAAAGGUUACCAUAUAUUAGGUUUGAUAGAUGCUAAGGUUUUAAGUUAAAUUGUUAUAUUGACAGUUUCGAUGGUUUCUGGAAGCAGUUCUCCCGAUAUUAACGGACCAAAACUUUCUCUUAACUUUGAUUUAUUUAUUAACGUGUAUAGAAAAUGCUUUAGUUUGUUUGGUGUUAAAAGAGUAUAUUUUAAAUUAUGAAAUUACCAUUAAUGUGUAUUUUUGUCUUUUAUUUAGUUUUUAGUUUUUUUUUUUUUUUUUGAGAGAGAGAGCUAAGUAUUAGCCAUAAUAAAUAAAAUGUUUGUAAAUCAUGUUUGGUUAAAAAAAAAUAUUUGUAAGUGAACAACAAAUUUUUUUUGUUAUUUUUUAGAUGAAAAAGAUAAAACUUUUAUGUGUUUUUGUGAAGUACAGUUUGGAGAUAUUUGAUAAGGACAAACUUUAUUGAUAAAGUUAGAAGUAAGUUGCACAUUUUUCAGAUUUCCCCCCGCCCCUUUUGAUAGUAAGCACUAAAAUACUUGAGAUUUUCUUUAAAUGCAAAGCUGUAUUUACUUCUUAGCAUAAAAUGCCUUUUUGAACUUGCUCAUGUCAGUAUUUUUUAUUACUGCAAUGAUACACAAGAACAUGUAAUUUUAGUGGGUCUACCAGUGGUUUUAAAAAUAGAUUUUUGUGGGACAGUUAAUGUGUGCAUUGUGUUCUGUAAACAAGUUGAAUGUGGCACAUGAUCAUUUCUUCACACCAAAGUGGAAAAUGUCCAUGGAAUGUGCAAAGGUGCUUAGCUAGAAUAAACUGUCUACCAAUCCUG